AUGUCUCCCAGCGACCUGCAGUUCUAUCCUGACUAUGACGAGUACGAUCUCUCUCUGGCAAGGAGAUGCCAAAGCAAAGGACCUCCGCUAACAAGCCCUCUCUUUCAAGGUUCCCAGGCUUCCAUUGUUAAUAUCGCUGGCGCGGGGCUGCGCCUCUCACUCCUUCUGAAUGCCGCAGCCUGUCAACUUGCACAGUCCAAACUGGAGAUACACAGCAUUGCCAAGGGUAUUUCACUGUUUGCUCUGAGUCUCAAAGAUGCGGGACAGACUCUCGAAGUAACGGGGUUCCAUCGGACACCAGAGGCAACAGAGAAGGCAUGGGAGAUCGCUGCCCAGGGCCAGAUGAUUUUCAUCGAGAUUGAACACAUGCUGGACAUGCUGAAGUCAACAGAUAGGGAGGAUGACUUGAGAAGGAUGCCUCUCCAAGAGAGACUCAAGUGGUGUUUUCAGAAACAGCAUGUCACCUACUUGCUGGCACAACUGGAUUCUCUUAAACUCAGCCUAAUAGUCCUGUUGCAGAUCUUACAACUUGGAAACAUGAUCAAAUCCAAUGUUGAUGAUGGAAUCGAUACCGAGUCCUUGGCAUCGGUUGCUGAUGAUACUAUUGCGCAGGAGAAAGCAGACUCGCAGAACAUGAUCAUUGUACGUUACUGGUCACUGAAACGUCUUGAUCGCCUGUGGGAUCUCGUGGAACAGGAAGCGAGGGAGGCAGCCAACAGCCCGACAAAACAGAGAAUUCAGUCUAAUUAUUUGGCGAGCUCGGCUUCUGCGUUCAAACCACUGGUUGCUGCUACUCGCGCUUCCGAUCCCAUUCGACUGCCUAUCGUGACUUUUGGUGAGAGCGAUGUGGGCCUGAUCGACAUGGAACGAUCCCCAAAGGAUAUGGUACAGCUUUCUGAGAGUGCGAUGCACCGACUACUAUCAAUCUGGGUGCCGCUCGUCGACUUCUCAAGGCUACAGGAUGCUGGAAAGUCUGUCGCAACCCCUGGAAAGCAAGUCCAACCUCGUGUCUAUGUGUCUUCCGAUACCGACGACGAUGAUACCGGAUCAGACUUUGAGGGCCUUGAUGUACGGGGUUACUAUAUCGAGGGCUCCACAGUUGACUGGAGAGACCCCCAUUCCCAAGAGGCACGUCAGCAGGCUGCUGAGCUCCGUCGAAAGUACUCAACCUGCCAGGCUCGCGUUGAGACCGAGCCGGAACCGGAACAUGUCAUUCAGAGAGGGGACAGUCGAAACGAAUCCAGGAGCCUUAUUGAUUCGAGCGAUGAGAGCGAACAAAGAUCAACCCUCAGUCCCUCUCACAGCAAACACAUUCCUAAUCGCCUCCACGCCAGCAGCCUUUCCUCUCGAUAUCCUCUUAGCUGGACUAAUACCGAGAACCGACCACAUCCAAGCGGCAGCUACCCACCUCCUGUCCACACCCUACCACGUCCACCACCAAACUUCUCAGGACCACCGUCACCUCACGCACAGACGAAAUCAGCUCAAGCAUACUCUCCGGGCCCACCACAACAAGCAUACAAUCCAUACAAUGCCCAACCCUACGCCUCAGCCGCUCGAUCAAUCCCAAUAAACAAGCCAACCGUUCCCUCGCCCUACUCCUCUCGAGGCCACUCACCAAACCAAGUCCAUUUCGGACCUCCAUGGGGUCAGCCCCAAGCCUCAUACAACAGCAAUCCACAGCGUCGGCCCUAUCCAUCAGUGUACCCACUCUCGACAUCUACGCCAGAAAUAGGGUUCCAGCCCCCGUCACCUCACUCUCGACACCGAUCUCCAAACCGUUCGCGUCACUACUCUUCCCGUAGCUCCCGUGAUUCCCAUGAGCCCCACGAUAUUAGAGAACCACGAGAAGAGGCCAAGGAGCGGCGGAAAGACUUGACCAAGAAAGCCACCAGGGGUUUGGCCGGCAUUGGUGCUAUCGCCGGAUUCCUAGAUGCGUUGGAGGCAUUCAGCCUCACUUGA